AUGGCGAGGAGACUUGUGAUGGCAAGGGAGAACGGACAAGGUCUCCUUCUCUGGGCCGAGCUAGAGGAGGGGGCCCUCCGUUAUAUACAGCUUGGCCAUGUACGCAAGGGGAGAAGGCAGAGAGGACAGGUGAGGGGUAGGGGCAGCAAUGGGGAUGGCAUGGAUGGUAUGGAUGCAAUGGGAGAAAUGAGACCAGCGGGAUGUAGCACGAGCCGACAGCACGGCAUUCUAGAGCUCCGCGCUUACGCAAGCAACAGAGGGAAGCUCCAAGACGAGAUGUAG